AUGGACGGAUCAACGAGCACGAGCACGCAUGGGAGUGCAUGUAUAACCUGUCGACGACGCCGGCGCAAGUGUGACAAGACCUUACCAGGUUGUUAUCGUUGUGAAGUGCGGGGCGUCUUGUGCGAAGGCUACGUGUGGCGAUGGGCCGAAGCUUUGUCUUCGAAUCCGUCAUGUGCCGGGAAGAGUCGUGAGAGCUUCCCAGAAUCACGAGCUCGAAAGUUGUCUCGUUUGCGUCAUACGCAAUCCCCGAGCCUGGUGUCCGCGGAAGAUGUGGGUGGCCAUCGUUUCACAAGCCAUUGUCUUCACCCUUCUCCAGGAGCGUUGGCUCCGUCUCCCUCUGAGGGCAGCGAUUCAAGUUUUGUUAUUUCUCCUACAUCCCUUCCUAAUAAUAAUGGUGGCUACAACGAUGGCUACCUGAUUGAUCCUGCCACAAUUCCAGAUGGACUGGGCGAUUUGGUCAAUUACGAUGCCCAGCAUGUCGGCUCUCGAUUCUUUCUCGAUGCCGAGCCGUCAGAAAAUCCCUAUCUCUUGCACAUUGUUCCUAUGGCCUCGACAGUCCCCCCUGUCCGGUUCGCUCUGGCCUCCCAAGCCAGUUGCCACCUUUCCACCCGUCUCGGUGACGACCGACUGUUUGAGCAGAGUCUUCGCCUCCGCAUCGUGGCGAUAAACUUGUUGCGCCAAAGGCUACAUGACCCUAUCCCGUCUCAGGCUCCUGGCAACCUCGCGGCUAUCCAGCUCCUUGCUCAACUUGAUUUGUGCCUGGGAUAUUGUACUGAGCUUGAUAUCCACCUACGAGCGGCAAAGCACUUGAUGGAAUCAUCCAGUAAUGAACUCAGCCCUGGGGGCUUUGUCGAACAGGGGUUGCUGUGUCUUGAUAUCAUGGGUUCCACCACAUCUUCCAGAGAACCCAUCUUUACCCAAGCAGAACUCUAUAAGCACACGAAUCUCAAGACGCCGACCCCAGAUCAGGAGUGGAGCUUUGAAGUCCUUCCGUGUCCAUUGUUCCUUGUCGACAUUAUCGCCUCCGCCACACUCAUGUACAGGUCCGCCCAGAGAGACGAUAUGUGUGCGGACAACGAUCUAACUCAAAAGGCGCUAUGCCUAAAACACCGCCUGUUAGAGUGGCAGCCUCGGCCUCAAAAGACCAAGAACAGGGUUCAUUUGGUGCAGGCAUUUCGCUCUGGUGUCCUACUCUUCCUCAACGGCCUCUUCAAUCUGGACGCAAGGCAUACAGAGAGGAGCAGAUUAGUUUCGGACGUGGUUUUCCACGCGAAAGCCAUUCCAAGAGCCACCGAAUGGUGCCAUAUGCUGACCUGGCCUCUGUAUCAGGUUGGCUUGGACUCCGUGCAAGACGAUGCCACCCAGCUAUGGCUUCGUGAUCACUUUCGGUCGCUGCUGCUCUCUUCAGGGUGUCGACACAGUAAGCAUGCGCUCGGUGCGCUGGAGACACUCUGGGCUACCAACAAGGAGCCACCGUCCAGACUCUCGGUACCGCAUGGGAUUUUGGAAGGUUUCUUGAUCAUAGGCUAA